AAAAAAAGAAAAAAUGCAAGCAAGUUCUUUAAGGAAUCAUUCAUACUCUUUGUAUAUUUUACCUGCAUUGCAUUCUUUUUUAAAAUUUUUAUUUCAAGACUCUUACAGGUCCAAGGGAUACCUAAGGGAGGCGUUACAAGUUCUCACCUUCUUACACUAAAAACUUGCUCCAAGCUCCAUGAAAAUACCCAUGGAAGUUCAAGACUUCACAAGAAACGGUUUGUUUAUGGCUCCUUAAGUUUCUUCCUUAGAUAUCUCAGAGAAAAUUUCCCUUUAAAGUGCUUAAGGAAGAAUCUUCUUCAUCUACACCGUGGAAACAAGUACAAUAACUUGAAGUUCCCUUAAUUCUACAAACAUCUACAAGGCUAGCAUCUCUAGAUUUCUUCUUUUUCUCCCACCAUUCUCUUGUAACCUUCUCCUUUUUGUAAAGAUGUUAUCAAGUUGUUAUAGUGAAGAAGUGCAAGAUUAUUUGUGACAAAUGAGAAAAACAACUUCCAUUUUAUUUUCAAUUUUUAUUUUCGAUCAUUUCUGUUUGUCCGGAGUUUGCUUUAGAUGGAUAUCAUCAAUGAGUUUCCAAGUUUUGAAGGAGAAAAGUUGAUAAAUUUUGCUCAACAAAACUUCUCCUGUCAUUUGGUUGAUGACAAGAUUCAUUCGUCAUUCCUAUCCAACAUUUUGACGUUCCUCUCCAUUUUCCGUCGUUGUCAAGGCUCAGAGAAGAGUUCUGUCAAUGAUUUGCUCUUUGAGUUGCACUGACCAACGAAUCCAACCCCAGCAUUUCUUCUCCAUGUGUUGAGUCAAAGUUGGUCAUAUCAACUUUUGAUCCACUUUGAUAAAAUACCAGUUAACAA